UUUGAAGAUGGGAAGUACAAAUGGGCUGUCUUACAAUGGCAGAAUCUGAGAAGCAGGUUUUAUAGGAACACAGCUGAAAAAAGGGAGCACUGAUUAAGAGAGGUUGAGACACACAACGAUACUGAGGAAAAGCGCUGAAGGUUUCUCUACUGAAUUCAAUGUAUCCAUUCCAUUUCCUGAGCUUUACACUUCCAUCCAAUCAGAUGUGCUGCUGCCCUGCUACUUUCCUGUAACAAAUCCUAAAGAUGGAAUGUAUGUAUUACUGACUUGGAAACACAAUGGUGUGGAGCUGGUGAAGUUUAAAUAUGGAAAAGUCCAAGACAACAGCAAAUUGCAAGUUUUGGAAACAGAUCUGGCCAAAGGAAAUGCCUCCAUAACCCUCCAGAAUGUGACCAUUGUACAUGAAGGUGUCUAUGAAUGCAUAGUCGUUUUAGCUCCAAAUUCAGGAGGAGGUCGCAUGCAUUUACAUGUCACAGGUGUUCCUUUGGUUUCUGUGAAUACUCCCCUCAUUAUCGCUGGUCAUCCAGUCUUCCUUGAGUGUUUUGUAUCAGGCGUCUACCCUCAAAACAUUUGUAUUGAGUGGCUUAAGAAUUCACAUCUACUUCCUCCUCAAGAGCCACCUGUGCAAACACAAAAAAAUCCUAAUGGGACCUUUAGAGCAGUGAGUCACUACAAAUACAUUGCUUCCAGAGAAGACAUCGGUGCAAACUUCUCCUGCCGUGUAAAAUAUGGCUUACAACUGCAACACCAGGAGGAGACUGCAGUUCAGAGCUGCAAACCAGCACUUACUGUUUCACCAAACAUCCUUCAGAAAGGUAGACACACUGCCUGUAAGAUAAAUGGCUGCUUCUUCAGUAAGAUCGCAAUGAGGUGGAAGAAAGGCAACAUGGUUUUGCAGACAAAAAAUUGUAGUGGUGUUCAUGAAUGCUUGUGCAUCAUUUUGCCAAACAAUGUGGAGGAAGAACUCUCUUGUGAAGUAGAUCUAGAAGGAUACGAUGGGACAAGAGUUGAAACAAAGAUUUCAAUUCACGGUAAACCUGGACGUUCAUAUAUAUUCAUGGGUGUAGCCUUUGGCAUUUUCAUAACAGUGCCUUUAGGUUUGGUCAUUGUUAAAUGUUUUCUGUGGUGGCGAUCUGCUCCACCACCACCUGAUCAGGGCACCGUGCAGCCCCUACAUUGAUGAAGGCCAUCAUUGUCUAAUUCUUCCAUGUGAAGCCUGAAAACCAUGAGGACUCAUUGAGAUAAUUUAUGUUAGGUAGAAUGCC